CGUUUACCGAGAAAACGAAACUUAAUGUGGGUAAAGACUGAAUCAAAAGUGGGCCCAACGUUACGAUGACAUGGGAGUAGAUUUGAGAUGUAAAUGGAAAAGAUGUUUGAUAUUAUUCUAAGAUCUACACUUAGUUUUAUGUUUUUAUGUAAUUUGAGUAGCCAGCCAGACUGCUGAAUAAUAGCAAUGGACUACGACAACUACGUAGCUAAAUUAAACGAGUAUGCACAGAAAACACGCUUGGAGGUGAGGUAUGAGGACGUUGGAUCUGCUGGCCCUGACCACAUUAAAACAUUUACCUUAAGAGCUGUCCUGAAUGGUAAAGUGUAUCCUGAUGGUGUUGGGAAGAACAAGAAGGAAGCCAAACAGAACGCUGCUAAAAAUGCCCUCAGAGGCUUGUUGGAGGAGCCAGCUGCCUUUACAGAAAAUGCAACAGAGGCUUCCACUUCACCAGUUCAUCAGACAAGUGUCAGUAAUAUUAACUAUAUAUGUUGGCUCAAUGAGUAUGGUCAGAAGAACAGGGUGACUGUAAGACCUGUGGAGUCAACCAGACUGGGACCAGAUAAUGCUGUUCUAGGCUGUAGCUUUGUGGUUGGUGAUAAGGAGUAUCCAGCUGCCUUUGGGAAAACAAGGAAGGAAGCUAAGGAGGAGGCAGCAAAGCUUGUUUAUCAUGAGAUAUGUGGCAGUAAAACUCCAGAGACUGGAGAUGGGAAAUGCAGUGGUGGAUCAAGUCAGCAACAGAAGGAAGUGAAUCAACAUGUGCCAGAUAUCUGUGAUAAGAUAAAAAGCUUGAGUGCAAAGACAGAAGGCAAAAACCUUACAGAAUCAAAUUUCAUAGGAUUGGUCAACCACUACUGUCAGAAGACAAGCCGCUUACAUGCAUUCACUGAAGAGAAGAGAUGUGGUCCUGCUCAUAACCCUCUAUUUUUCUACAAACUAGUGAUCAACAACAAGGAAUACCCUGUGGGUGAGGGGAAGAGUGUCAAAGAAGCCAAACAAAAUGCAGCUCAGCUGGCCUGGUCUGCUCUUCAAGAACAGUCAGACUGGGACAGUAAGGUAACUUUCUGUUCAUCUGUGUCUAAUGAAGCACAAGUCAAGCUAUCUACACCACCAAGCACACCGGUGUCCCAUGAUAGACAGUUGAAAAGCAAGUCGCCAGCUACAAAUGAUCCCAAACCUCCAAAGGAUCAGGAUCAAACACCCGAUGUAAAGCCAAAAAUAAGACUUGCAGCAAAUUUCCAAAAUGCCCACAGAAGCAGCAAAGAGGAUAUAAUACCCAAUUUCAAUGGCAAGAAUACAGAGAACAGUUCGAGUGUGAAAAAACCAGCCAAGUCAGCAGCAUCAAGGUUUACAUCAGAAUUUGACUCCAUAGAGUGUCUCGGCAAAGGAGCCUUUGGUCGUGUUUACAAAGCAAGACAAAAGCUGCUACAAAAGUAUUAUGCUAUAAAGAUUGUCCGCUGGAAAGAAAAAUCUCUACGAGAGGUGGCAGCAUUAUCAGACCUCCAACAUUGCAAUAUUAUUCGAUACUUCACAUGUUGGAUGGAGGAUGGAGGAUAUCAAUGGGACAGUGCACCUGACAGUUCCAGUACUUCCCAGUCUUCCAGUGAUUCAGUUGUAAAAUACCUCUACAUUCAGAUGGAGCUGUGUGACACCAAAACACUUAGAGUGUGGAUAGAUGAGAAGAAUACUCAGAAUGUGAAGAAAUCUCUGCGAAACUCCAAGAGAAGAGAAAAAAGUCUCGACAUUGCUCAGCAAAUAGUCAGUGGAGUCGAGUACAUUCACUCCAAGAUGCUCAUCCACAGAGACCUGAAGCCUGCCAACAUCAUGUUUGGGCGGGAUGGAGAAGUGAAGAUUGGGGACUUUGGUCUGGUCACUGCCGAGAAUAAUGAUGAUGCUGAGAACCUGUUAGAGAGAACAGUGUACAAAGGAACCCCUUCGUAUAUGGCUCCUGAGCAAAAGAGCAAGAGCAUUUAUGACCGAAAAGUGGACAUAUUUGCUUUAGGGCUGAUAUAUUUUGAACUUCUUUGGAACCUCCCUGCUGGCUCUGACAGGAAAGUGAUUUGGGAUGACGCCAGAAACCAGAAACUUCCUCAAGGGGUUUCACACUAUUUCCCCCAAGAGAACCAAAUAAUAAAGUCAAUGCUGCACGUGAAGCCAGAAGAUCGACCUGAAGCAAGCAAAGUAAAGAGAGAACUGGACGAGUGUGCUAAUGCACUUCAGAUGCUAAAAAAUAAAGAUCGAGAGAGUAGGACUGUCUGAUUAUUACAGGAACUUAUUCAAGACAGAAGGAAAAAACACACGAGUCACCCCAAGCAUGACGAUCCACAGAAUUUAGUAUCAAAUACUUGUGGCUGGAUGUUUUGAGUGCUAUGAGAACUCCUUCUUUAAAUAUUGUUUUCAUGAUGUAACAUUAUUAAUCAUGAUUAUGUGAUAUUUGAUGGAAAAAUGCCCAUAAACUCAUUCACUUUUUAUAAUCAGUGAAUAAAACAUGAUAUUAAAUUUAUUCCAUUAUUCGCUUUUAAUAAUUAUGCAUUCCUCUGAUAAUUAUUUUGUCAAAGAAUUGAUUCUAUCCUGGAAAAGGUAAAUGUAUAAAAAGGGGUUUCAUACUUUCUGACUUUCUGUACAGUCUUGUACAAGACAAUGAAACAGUUUUUCUAGAUGUCACUAAAUGACUGAAACAUGACUUCUUGUCACAAUGUGACAAAGUGUUGAACAGUGUAAUGAGUAAAUUUUAGUGACAUUCAUGUGUGUGGUAUGCAGUAUGGCAGAUUUGGUAAUUUUACACCCAGUUUGUGUUUAACAUUUCAUUAAGACAAAUCAGCCUAUUCAAAUAAAAAGGAGACCGUGACACUUAUCCAUUUUUUUUCUUCAGUUAUUAUGACUAAAGGUGCUGAGUUCAAUAGACUCAAUAUACAGAGUUUGAAAAUGGAUAAGUUGUAGGUUUGCUUGAAUAUAUUGAUAAAGAGCUGAAUCUGAGAGACUAGAUUUCCUCCUAGCACCACAAGGCAAAAAGGUGAUGUUCAUUACUGAUAUGUUAUUAAGGUGAAAUAUUUUGUUUUCUACAUGCAAAUAUUUAGUGUGAAGCUAUGUGUGUGUGUAUUAUUUUACUGACAUAUAACAAUAUUAUAACUAAUUGUUACUGAUAUUAGAGAAGUCCAAACCAUGGUUAUGUGUCCCAGGGGUCAAUGCCAAAGAUGGCAAGGAGGGAGAGAAUAAGGAAGGGAAGCAGUGCAAGGAAUCAUGAUGCACAAUGGAUAAUAAUCAUCUAAAGUAUUUUAGUUUAGUUUCUGCCUGUGUUUACUGUAAAUAUGAAAUGAGACCAUGCAGAGCUGGCCCUGGUUGCCCCACAGAGUUUGAUUAAGGAGACAAGUUUGAUGUGAUUUACAGAAGGUGAGAGCUGGAUCCUGUGUAUACACUUUUCCAAAUAAAAAGAAAAAUUGGGUUUAGGUUUGAGGCUUUGAUUAUGUCUCUUGGCAAUAAGUUAAAUGUGGAGUGUCUGCAGAAAGUUGUUCAGCUCACACAAGUACUUGCAUCUUAUAAGGGCCCCAAAACAUCGGAAUAUGUGCACAGUGAGCAAAUUACACAGAAUCACUGCUGUGUCAUGAUUCAUUUGCUUGAGCUGCACAAUAAUAAGAACAGACAUCAGCACCAUAAAAUGUGGGUGUUAAGGCUG